GAGGCUGCAGCAGGCGGACAGCCGACGGCCAGGACCAUGGAGUUCAGCGUGCUCCUCUUCCUGGCUUUCCUCGCGGGCCUCCUGCUGCUUCUGCUCAGGGGCCACCCCAAGGCCCACGGCCGCCUCCCCCCGGGACCCCACCCUCUGCCCGUCCUGGGGAACCUCCUGCAGAUGGACAGGAAGGGCCUGCUCCGCUCCUUCCUGCGGUUCCGAGAGAAAUACGGGGACGUGUUCACGGUGUACCUGGGAUCCAGACCCGUGGUCGUCCUGUGUGGGACGGAUGCCAUCCGCGAGGCCCUCGUGGACCAAGCUGAGGCCUUUUCUGGCAGGGGGAAGAUCGCCGUGGUGGAUCCGAUCUUCCAGGGAUACGGAGUGACCUUUGCCAACGGGGAGCGCUGGCGGACCCUUCGGAGAUUCUCCCUGGCCACCAUGCGGGACUUCGGCAUGGGGAAGCGGAGCGUGGAGGAGCGCAUUCAGGAGGAGGCCCGGUGUCUGGUGGAGGAGCUGCGGAAAUCCAAGGGAGCCCUCCUGGACAACACCUUCCUCUUCCACUUGGUCACCUCCAACAUCAUCUGCUCCAUUGUCUUUGGAAAAUGCUUUGACUACAAGGACCCCGUGUUCCUGCGGCUGCUGGACCUGUUCUUCCAGUCCUUCUCCCUCAUCAGCUCCUUCUCCAGUCAGGUGUUCGAGCUCUUCUCAGGCUUCCUAAAGCACUUUCCCGGCACACACAGGCAGAUCUACAGAAACCUGCAGGAGAUCAACGCUUUCAUCGGCCAGAGCGUAGAGAAGCACCGCGAAACCCUGGACCCCAGCAACCCCAGGGACUUCAUCGACGUCUACCUGCUCCGCAUGGACAAAGACAAGUCCGACUCCAGCAGCGAGUUCCACCACCAGAACCUCAUCCUCACCGUGCUCACGCUCUUCUUCGCCGGCACCGAGACCACCAGCACCACCCUCCGCUACGGCUUCCUGCUCAUGCUCAAGUACCCACACGUCAGAGAGAGAGUCCAGAAGGAGAUCGAGCAGGUGAUCGGCUCCCACCGCCCUCCAACCCUCGAUGACCGAGCCAAAAUGCCCUACACGGACGCGGUCAUCCACGAGAUCCAGCGGCUCGGGGACCUCCUCCCCUUCGGGGUGCCCCACACGGUCAUAAAAGACACACAGUUCCGAGGCUACGUCAUCCCCAAGAACACGGAAGUGUACCCCAUCCUGAGCUCGGCUCUCCACGACCCGCGCUACUUUGAAACGCCGAACACCUUCAACCCUGGCCACUUUCUGGAUGCCAAUGGGGCACUGAAGAGGAAUGAAGGUUUUAUGCCCUUCUCCCUGGGGAAGCGCAUUUGUCUGGGCGAAGGCAUCGCGCGGACCGAGCUGUUCCUCUUCUUCACCACCAUCCUGCAGAACUUCUCCAUCGCCAGCCCCGUGCCUCCCGAGGACAUCGACCUCACUCCCCGGGAGAGUGGCGUGGGCAACAUACCCCCAAGCUACCAGAUGCGCUUCCUGGCCCGCUGAAGGGGCCACAGGAACCCCCCCCACCCGGUCGUUAGGUGUCCCCGCCUCUGUAGAGAAUGGCCCCAGCUCCUCCCACAUCUUCCUGCCUCUGAGACCUGGGGCCAGCCAGGACCCUCCCCUUGGUCUCCACGGCGUGGGGAGUCCUCUUUGUGGUCCCAUCUCCUUCCACUGGGCUGCGGCUUUUCCAAAGACUCGGGGAACUGUUCUCUUUCCUCUCCUCCCUGCGUGCGGGACCAGCCCCAGCCGCUAGGGGCAAGGAUUAUACCCAGUGUGCAGUUGAGCGACAGAGGCCAGGCAAGGUGCCAGCAGUCUGAGGUCACUGUGCCCCGGAGUGGAGGAGAGAGAGCCACGAUGUCGCCACAGCCCACUCUGUUCAGUCGCCCGGUUAGGUGAGAUGCACCCACGCAGCCGCACGAGGCCGUCCAUUUAAAGGGACGGAUUUGUGCCUUUCGCUCCUCCACAAGGUCCUUACAACCAAGGAUCUGGUUGCAAACUGUGCCAUUGCCCCAGGGGAACCCCGAACCCAGCAGCUGUGGAUGUCCCAGAUAAACGCGGUACACCUCUGA